UGCAGAAUAAAGCCUCACAGAAAAGAAACUGUUAGAUUCCACGUAGAAUGAAAAGGAUUAGAUAAUUAAUUAAACUCGAGAGUCAAACGAUUGGAGCGUUGCAGAAUAAAACAAUUAGAUUCUACGGCUAUACGAUUUUAAGAUUUAAAAAACAGAUUCGCCUGUGUUCUUUGGAAUCGAUAUAUAUAAGAGUAGUUGACUAAAUGCGGGUUUUUAAUCACAAUGGAAUCUUAUUUAUCACAAUGGAUUUUAUAACAUUUAUGCGAGCGUGACGGAAGGCGUUCGUAUUCCGGAAAGGGAUUAUAGGAUUUAACGCUUUCUGGACCUCGAGUUAAGGUAAUGAGAGAUGAAACAAUUAUGAAUUCCCUGGACGAUACUCUUAAUCAUUUGACAAUCAAUAACGAUGCUAUAGACUCGUGUCCAGUACGGCGGCAUCGUGGAGGGAGUCAAGAUCGCCGUAACGGCCGUGAACUAUUACGGCGAGGAUCGGAGAAUAUUAGGCUCGGGUCAUCGACAUCAUCUAAUGAUGGCAAUCAUUUGGCUGUAAGCCCUACUCCACGGAGGGGCUCCUAUGAGGAAACGAGUUUGGAGAAGGACACACAAACAAAAGGACGAGCGCUGAAGACAAAACGCCACCACAGGCGACGUCACACUGUAGUUGUGGGCUCUGAGCUUAGCAAGAUGGAGCCACAGGAGGUCCCGACCCAGAACAUAUCAGAAAUACUACAACAGUUCGACAUGUAUUCGCCGAUCGAACCCGAAACGAACACGAAUCAUUCCGAUGAUAAACCCGGACUUUAUCGCUGUCGUAGCUUUAAACGAACAGCACGGGGAAUUAAAAACAAGGGAGAAUGCCUUAAGUUUAAAUCAAAUCCCUCAACGCAAGUUGCAUCUGACCAGGCCAUACAAGAUGACAGAAAAGGGAGCAUACCUUCGGACAUUUCCGAUGAAACUACUCCUGUGUUUAAAGUUGCUCUGAUUGGCUCGGCGGGUGUAGGAAAAACGUCAUUAGCUCAACAAUGCAUGACGUCAGAAUACAUGGGAGGGAUUGAUGCAAUAAAUGGUGAGAGUGCUGAUAAAACUGUGUCAGUGCUGUUGGAUGGCGAAGAAUCCGUAGUUAGCUUUGUUGAAAUCGCAGCGGAUGAGGACCAUACCGACCAUUGUGACGUCGACGCUUACGUCAUAGUGUAUUCCGUCAUCGAUAAACGUACGUUACGUCACGCCGUUGACAUGGUGAAGGAUCUGAGGCAAGUCCAGAAAACGUCAACCGUGUUUCUAAUCGGCAAUAAAACAGACAUCGUCAGACAGCGACAAAUUAACAAAGAAGAGGGACUCGAGGCUUCCAAAAAUUAUGAUUGCAAAUUUAAAGAGACGAGUGCAGUUCUAAAUCAUCAUAUAGACGAACUCUUGGUCGACAUUGUCUCGACAAUUCGACAUAGAUUAAAACAGGGACUAGGGAGACGUAAAUCUAUCGGGAAAGUAGCCAAAGGAUUUUUAAAAAAAAUCUUAAAACCGAUGAGAGUCAACAGUAACGAUAAUUUGAGGGAAUGACCAUGUGAAAUUAUGUUUGAUAUUCGUGUAUCAUAGCUUAUUGAUUUAUCUUGAAUUGUUGUGGAUCGCUCUAGUACUCGAGUGGAUGGGUCCUUGUAGUGCAGCCUUAACUAUGGUGCAUUGAUGCGUCUCAGAUAUUGGGGGCGGGGUUACAUGAAGAAUGUUGUUUAUAGAGCUUGACUUCGUCACAAUUCAAAAUGCCAAAUACACCAAGGGCUUAUUUAAUAACCGGGGCUUAGUUGUGUACCAAAC